UUGAUUUCUUUGGCCAUACGUUUGACCAUAUUUUUAGCAGUUCCUAAUACAGAUAUUAGGUUCAAGGCUUUUCUGUCUACACUGCUGAAUGUUAUGCCAUUUAUUAGGCCUUUUUAUACAUAAGUGACAUAAAUAGUAAUGACUUUUUGAUUUUGUCCGAUUCCCAAAGUGCAUUUAAUGCAAACGAUUUGGCAUACGACUAGUACUUGUCGUCUACCUGGAACACAAGAAAACAACGAUACCCAGUAACCUCAAAGACUUACUAAAAGAAUUCAAGAACUACUAACCACUUUACGUUAUAUAUGUAUAACCAAGAUUUAGUUUCAUUCUCAAUACAAUUAUAUAAUGUAUGGCUCAAAAGGACUUGAAUCCCCAAAGCCGUUAACUCAAUAAAAAAAAAAAAAAAUUUUUGAGGUUAUGAUUGUCGGAGAUUAUAUUUAUUUUGUAGCUCGUUUUUAUUAUAGACUGUUUUAACUUUAUCAAUUCUUAUGUGUCUGAGUCACUAUAAUGUGUUCUUGCCUUCCUUCAAAUUCUGAAACUAUUUCGUCGAUACAGCAGUCACACACAUCCACAGUGAUUGUUUUUUUAUUUCAAAUUUCUACAUAACUAUAACACAAAUUUUAUAUAAAGAAGUGUGUAUAGUUUAAAUAGAAUCCAAGCGCAAUUAUCGGUGCGAUUAAGCAUAAUAAGCUGAAAAGUAACUGGGUCAUAAUUAUGUUGGAAGCGUUUGGUAAGCAAUUUUGAAUGAUUUUUAAUUUACUUAUCAUUAUCAUAUCGUUGAGAAAAUGCCCGUUAUUUCUACAUACGUUUUCCUAGACUUGGAAACCACGGGUCUACCAGUUGAAGAACAUAAUAAGACGAAAAUAACAGAAAUAAGUAUGGUGGCGGUAAAAAGAGAACAUGUUUUGGACACACGACCGGGUGCAUCGCCCCGCGUACAAAAUAAAGUAACAUUGUGUUUGAAUCCUGGAAGAUUUAUACAUCCGGACUGCACUAAAGUGACAGGGCUGUGCAACGAUUUAUUGGAACACGAGUCUCAGUUUGAUCUCAAAGUGUUUCAUAUAAUUAAUAAUUUUCUUGAUAUAUUACAAAAACCUGUAUGUUUGAUAGCUCAAAAUGGUACUUGUUUUGAUUUCCCUAUUGUGAAAAGACAGUUAGAGAAAUUAGGUGCAAAUUUUUCUGAUGAUCUCAUGUGUGCUGAUUGUUAUCAUGCAUUCUAUGAUAUACUUGAAUUUAGGAAAAAGUCAAUGAGAAGCUAUGAAUUGAUUCGGGAGCCUACUGUUACUACUACAAUAUCUGAGACUGACAAUUCUACAGUUAUACCUGAUAAUGAUAAUCUCUUAAAACAAGAAAAUACAUUAAAUAUGAAGACUGUAAAUGAAACAACACCAAAAAGAUCUGUUAACAGCUAUAAAUUUGUCCACAAAAAUGUAUGUAAAGCUAAACGAAGAUUCCCAUGGUCAGGUGAGAAGCCAAAGGAAUCUUACAAACUCGCAAACAUUUAUGAGAGAGUGAUGAACCGGCCUGCAUUAGAAGCUCAUCGUGCUGAAAACGACUGUAUUUUGGCUUUAGAGUGUGCUGUCGCAUUGGGUAAAGAUUUUGUAGACUGGGUGGAUAAUAACCACUAUCUGUUUACAGAUGUAAAACCAAUGACUAUUGGAGUACGUUUGGGAUCGUGACAUCUCAAUACUACAUAGAUUUAAGAUCCUAUUAUAAGGUAACUAUCAACUUUCAAUUGCAUAUAAUAAAUUAAAAUCUUGGUUCUUAAAUGUAAUGAAAAUGUUAGAGCGAGACAGAGACAUGCAUGUAUGAUCUUGUUGGCUAAGUAUCUUAUUUCAAAAUCUAUUGCAGUCCCUUACAGAGGUAUAGAGAUUGUGAUAGUGAUAUGGAAUCAUGAAAGUUUUAAAGUCUCAAUUGCUUUUGAAAUGAAUGAUGAUUUGUAUGAUCAAGAAACAUAAUCAAAUCCUAGUUAAACCCGUCAAAGGUUGAGCUCUUUUGUUUGACAAUUCUCAAUAGUUUUCAAAGAUAUUUUCAUAUGAUGCUUUUUUUAGACAAUUCCAAUUAACAUCAAAUUAAAGAUAUUGUUCCGUCAAUCUUUCACAAAAUGUCCCAAAUCACUAUCACAUGUCUAAUAGUUGUAGUAUAAACUUUGUGAAUGUCAAAUUGAUAUGAUACAUUUUAAAAUAAGACAUUUAGCCCCCCUGAUUCAAUGACUGAAAUUAAAUUGUCACAAUAAACUCAUGGUAAGGUCUUGGAUCUCAUAGUCGAGAUAUAUUUCAUUAUAUGGUGCAAUAUUUAGUUAUGUAUAAUUUUCAGGUUUGUAUGAGCAUUAUUUUUUAAAAUAUGGUCUUUGCAAGACCCUUUCCUCUAAUAAAACUUAGUCAUACAAUAUUGCAAUAUAUUUUUUAGUAUUUUUUGUAUGAUUCUCAAUAUAGCUAAUUAGCUUUAAAUUUAAGUUUUUCAUGUUUAUUGUUUUAUAUAUAUAUCUUGUACAUAUGAACAAGAUGAAAUUGACACUUAUUUACCAAAAAUGUUUAAAUCUUAGAAAAAGA